UCUAACAAUGGCGCGUCAUAUCCGCGCAGUGCUAUGAAGAGGGAACCUUGAUUUUGGCUGUUUUACUGACAUGCACAGUCCUCAUAACGAACUGAUGAGUGCAGUUUCAUAGGUUUUCUGUUAUCAUUUCAUUUAGUUGAGGGCUCUCACCAGUGGUUAAAUAAUGGAAAAGUCUAGCCCACAAGGAAAAGAGACAUCUGGCGAGACUGAGUGAAGACAUUUAAUCCCAAACUCCAGUCGACACAUUCCGCGCAGGCGAACCAAAUAAAAAUGCAGUUGGUUUUAUUUGCGGUUUUGGCGUUUCUUGCUCUGGACGAUGUCAUCGGAGCAACAUCGCGACCCAGCAAGUGUCCGUCCCGCUGCGACGUCAGCAAGUGUCCGAGUCCGCGCUGUCCCGGCGGGUACGUCCCUGACCGGUGCCGCUGUUGUCUGCUGUGUGCGGCGGGCGACGGGGAGCCCUGCGGCCGCACCGCGCACCUGCCCUGCGGGGACGGCCUGGAGUGCAAGCCGGUGGAGGGGAGUUGGCGGGGCGCCAAGGCGAAGGGUGUCUGCCGGUGUAAAGCGGGACACCGGGUGUGUGGGAGCGAUGGGAAGACCUACGGCAGCGUGUGUAAAAUGCGGGCAGCCAGCCGCGCUGCCCUGCAGGAGGGCAGACCGGAGGUCACCCAAGCCCACAAAGGACCCUGUCCAUUAUCUGAUACAGGUCUUUCCCCUGUUCAUCCCAACAGUCCUCGCUACAAGUUCAAUUUCAUUGCCAACGUGGUGGAGAGGAUAGCCCCCGCUGUCGUCCACAUUGAACUUUUUCUGAGACAUCCUCUGUUUGGUCACCACCUCCCUCUCUCGAGCGGGUCUGGUUUCAUUGUGACCCACUCAGGUCUGAUUGUGACCAACGCUCACGUGGUGACCACAGCUUCUGCAGUGUCGGGACAGCCUCAGCUGCGUGUGCAACUUCACAAUGGCAAUGUGUACGAUGCUGUGGUUAGGGAUGUGGAUAGGAAGUCUGACAUAGCCACCAUCAAGGUCAACUCUCAGAAAAAGCUCCCCGUGCUGACCCUAGGACGUUCUGCUGAUCUGAGGCCAGGGGAGUUUGUGGUGGCCAUUGGCAGCCCCUUUGCCCUGCAGAACACCGUCACCACGGGUAUCGUGAGCACGGCCCAGAGAGACGGUAAAGAGCUUGGCAUCAGGGACUCGGACAUGGACUACAUCCAGACUGACGCCAUCAUUAAUUACGGGAAUUCUGGAGGACCUCUAGUUAACUUGGAUGGCGAGGUGAUAGGUAUCAACACUCUGAAGGUGACUGCCGGGAUCUCUUUUGCUAUACCCUCUGACAGGAUCAGCCACUUCCUCACAGAUUCACGGAUUGAACACAGCAAAGACAAGGCCAGGCGGCACAGAGGACUGAACCGCGUAUCAGAGGAACUGCAGUCCGACAGAGAGGGGUCAGGACUGAGGAGACGUUUCUUAGGCAUCAGGAUGCUCACUAUCACUGACACUCUUAUAGAAGAGUUGAAGUUUGAGAACCCAGACUUUCCUGAUGUUCGCAGUGGCGUUCUGGUGCGCCAGGUCAUACCAGACUCUCCCGCAGACAAGAGCGGAAUGAAGGCAGGUGACGUCAUUGUCAAGCUGAAUGGACAAUUCCUCUGGACGACUGAAGACCUUCAAGCUGCACUGCUGGGAAAUCAGCCUGUCCUUCUCGAAGUUCGCCGUGGGAAGGAUGAUCUGCUCUUCAACAUCCACCCCCAUACUGCUAUGCAUUGACAGACUAUAAUGAACGGGACAUAGUUCGAUUCAAUUUUAUACUUUCUACAACUGUUGGGCUGGGCUCAAUUAAUAUGGUAGAAGAGGCUUUAAAAUGCCUGAUGCCAAAGGCAUUGUAUUGUAAGGCAUUUGGCAAAUAGCCCUUUGUCAAAACACUUUUACGUUGUAAAAAAACACUAAAGUUACCUUGCAACAAGUGCCUUUUUUGUGCUUUUUUUUUUUACCUGUUAUGCAAUCCGAGCUUCUCAAUUGGUUUACUUUUACUUCAUUGUUGUUUUAAAUUUUUGUCAAAAGUUUUUCUAACAUGAACUGCAGCUUGCUAACUUGACAAAUGACUUGCAGCAUGAAAGGUAGAAUGCAUUGAAUCUAUUCCUGCAUUGUCAUACAGCAGCCUUAAAAAAAUGCCAUGCUAAUAACACACCAUACGUUGCCUUCAAAAUACUGCCCAAACCAACCACUGAAAG